AUGCAGGGAAACUUGCACGUGUGGUUCUGGCCGGGGCCCCGGUAUACUGUACUAAUAUGUGUAGGUCCUCGUAAUUCGAGUGAGAUUGUCAUGGCGCAAAAGCAGAUAUGGUCCGGUAUUCCCUUGUUCCCUGUAUUGGUUAUGUUCUUUAUUUCUUGUUUAGCAGAAACUAAUCGAGCUCCGUUUGAUCUCCCAGAAGCGGAACGUGAAUUAGUUGCAGGCUAUAAUGUAGAAUAUGCGCGGGAUGCGAUCCUUAAUAGUUCACUGUUGGCGGAAGCCAAUCCCGGGGUCCCGGGACUCAUUCUGACUGAAACAGGGGGUGGUCUUUACCAACUUCAAAAUUCUCGAUUUUAG